UCAAUCGCUCAGCCAGCUCACCUGUAGUAAAUCCCUUUCCUGAACACAGGGGGCUGGCUGGCCUCAUGUUGGCUCCUCACAAUCCAAUUGUUUGUCUGCGUAAAUAAUCCUUCAUUCAGCAAACAAAAAGUAACAAAUGAACAAACUAUAAGAGAAAAAAAGAAUGAUCUGGAACCCCUGCCUCCUGCUGCUCUUCUCUGAAUCCGAUUGGCAACUAAACAAAAAGGAGCAGCAGACCAUUCAAAGCCUUUAAAAAGUUGAAAAGAAAAGGAGGGUGUUGCCUGUGAGAUAUUGUUUUUCAACACAAAGGAUGCAAACUCCCAGAGCAAAGUGUCACCCUGCUGAUGAUCCUUUCAUCAAGACUUCUACUGACUGCCACAGCAAGCAGCAAAGCAGAUCAUGGCACCAUACGGCUGCUUCUCCAGGAACAGAACUUCACACUAGCCUGCACCGGCAUCUCAUCUCCCCACUGCUGCUCCACUGAUGAAUUCUUUCAUGAAUAUCUCAGGCAUGAGCUAUUCAUGAAACUGUAUGCAGUCGGAGCACCGGGGAGCAGUGGGUGUGAUGCCGGAGAACGUGUGGACCCUGUGCCGCACUCGGAGCGCUCUCUGUGUGGUUCUACAGCAGUAGAGACAGCACUAAGGUAACGGAGAGGACACGAGCUCUAUGUUGUAGGACUGCACCUUGAAGAAAAGUGGCUGCCCGGAGCCGGUCACCAUGCGGGUCCUGUUGAGCGUCCUGUACCCCGUGCUCUCCCUCACCAUCUUCGGAUUAUAUCCCUCUAUGACUAUCGGCCCAAAGGAGGGUUGGCAGGUGUACAGCUCGGCUCAGGAUGCUGAUGGGCGCUGUAUCUGCACCGUAGUGGCACCUGAACAGAGCCUGUGCUCCAGAGAUGCCAAGAGCAGACAGCUCCGCCAGCUGCUGGAGAAGGUGCAGAACAUGUCUCAGUCCAUUGAGGUGCUGAACCUGCGGACUCAGAGGGAUUUCCAAUAUGUCAUGAAGAUGGAAAACCAGAUGAAGGGCCUGAGGACCAAGUUCAGACAGAUCGAGGAUGACAGAAAAUCAAUCAUAGCCAGAAACUUUCAGGAGCUUAAGGACAAGAUGGACGAGCUAAAGCCGUUGAUCCCCGUGCUGGAGCAGUACAAGAUGGAUGCUGCACUCAUUUCCCAGUUCAAAGAGGAGAUCAAGAACCUCUCGGCAGUGCUGACAGCCAUUCAGGAGGAGCUCGGGGCCUUUGACUACGAUGAGCUCUAUCAGCGAGUCCUGCGUCUGGACACCAGGCUCCGCAGCUGUAUGGGCAAGCUAACGUGUGGGAAAUUAAUGAAAAUCACUGGACCUGUUACAAUAAAGACAUCUGGAACCCGCUUUGGGGCAUGGAUGACUGACCCUCUGGCAUCCACCAGAAACAACAGGGUUUGGUAUAUGGACAGUUACACCAACAGCAAGAUUGUGCGUGAGUACAAGACAAUGGACGACUUUGUAGCGGGGGUGGUUUCUCGAACAUACAGCCUCCCAUUUAAGUGGGAGGGAACCAAUCAUAUGGUCUACAAUGGAUCGCUAUACUACAACAAGUACCAGAGCAACAUUAUCGUCAAGUACAGCUUUGAGUCCGGCAGCGUGCUGGCCCAGCGAGCUUUGGAGUUCGCCGGCUUCCACAACAUGUACCCAUACACAUGGGGGGGAUACUCCGACAUCGACGUCAUGGCUGAUGAACUGGGAAUGUGGGUUGUGUACGCAACCAAUCAAAAUGCUGGAAAUGUCGUCGUCUCCCAGAUCGACCCGGACACCCUGCAUGUCCUGAAGACUUGGAACACCGAAUACUCAAAGAGGAAUGCAGGUGAAUCGUUCAUGAUCUGUGGGACGCUCUAUAUCACUAACUCUCACCUGUCGGGAGCAAAGGUUUACUACUCUUACUCUACCAAGACUUCAACAUACGAAUACAUAGACAUUCCUUUCCACAACCAGUACUUUCACAUCUCCAUGCUCGACUACAACGCCAAAGAGAGAGCACUGUAUGCCUGGAAUAACGGACAUCAGGUAAUAUUUAAUGUCACCCUCUUUCAUGUCAUAAAAACUGAUGAUGACUCUUAAACGUACCACUUUUCCAACUGAAGCACCAUCAUUUGGGAUGCAAGGACCUCCAUGUAUUCUUUUGUCCAAAAAUGGACUUUGGUAUCUUCCCUUGCCACUCUGUGAACUCUUCUAAUGUGAGGCUCUGGACUUUUGACUGAAUUGAGCAUGGACACCAAUAACUUGAUACCUUAUAACCAUUUUUUACACUUAUCCAUGGCUGCUGAUUCAGCUUGAAGACCCAAGACAUAGCGAAUGAGGCAUUAUUCGCUCUGUGUUGGUUCUGCCAGCUGAAGACUCUAAAAAAGCUUUGCAUGAAUGUCCAAAAAUUGAUCUGCAGUGCUUUGCUUAAUACAGCUGUGUUUCUGUUGCAAAUCUGUUUUGCUUACGGUGUUUGCGUUUUUGUGUAUUUAAAAAAAAAGUCUAUUUAAAAGUAUUUAAACCUUUGAGUCAACCUCUUCUGCAUAUUUGCUACCAUGUUGAGGUGGCUGAUUAUGAAGUUAACUAGCCAUUCUUUUGAAGUUUGGCCUGUAAAAUAUUGCUGUUAUGUAUGUAUCUGUGGAAGAAGAAUAUUUGUAUUUUUUAUAAAAGAAAACCAUAGAGGCUAU